UCAUAUUAGUGUAGCGGAGAGUAGUGUGUGAUAAAAUAUUUUUUGUCUUUUUGUAUCAAUUUUAUAAGUGUCCUCUUCAGUUAUCCAUUAUUUUUAAGUAGAAGCAAUAAGUGUUAUGUUUAAAUAUAUCAUCGUUCACAAGUCAGUGUAAUUAUGAACCAGAAUCCAUAAGUCAUUUUGGUCCCUUCUGUCGUCUCGCAAAUUCCGGAAAUUGUUUGACAUCCUGUUGUAAUUACGUGUUUUAUGCUACCAAAAGCAAAGAGGACAUUCUAAAAUCACAAAUUUAUAACAUGGUGCUAGAGUUUCUACACAAUGUCAACUGAAAGUUGCUUAGUAAAAGCAAUCUACUCAUUCAAAGGCAAGAAUAAUGACGAACUGUGUUUCAAAAAGGGUGAUAUUAUCACAGUUACUCAGAAGGAGGAAGGGGGCUGGUGGGAAGGAACCUUAGGGGAAACCACUGGGUGGUUCCCUAGUAAUUAUGUUACAGAAUGUAAAGAUCAAGCUGGAUCUUUAACUACAUCUCCUAUUAGAGCAGCAUCUGAAAUUCAAGCAUUUAGAAAUGUUGUCCUGAAAGACAUCAUUGAUUCAGAGAAGGCACAUGUGGCGGAGAUGCAGGGGCUGGCCAGUAAUUUCCUUCAACCCCUGGAGAAUAGUGACAUGCUAACAAGAGAUGAAUUCAAGCAAUUGACAGGCAAUAUAAAUGAGGUGCUACAAACUCAUGAACAGUUCCUUUCCCUGUUAGAAGAAUGUGCAACCAAAACAGGCCCAGACCAGCGGGUGGGUGGCCUGUUCUUACAAUGGGCUCCAAAGAUAAAAUCAGUGCAUCAAACAUACUGUGCUGGUCAUCCUAAAGCAGUGUGCAUCCUCGACAAAUACAAGGAGGAACUGAACACAUGGAUGGAGAAUGCCGGUGCCGUAUGCCCUGGAGUGUUAGUACUAACAGCAGGACUGUCCAAGCCAUUCCGUCGCCUCAGCAAGUACCCGGCGAUGCUGCAAGAGCUGGCGCGACAUGUUCACGAAGCGCAUCCGGACAGGGGUGACACACAUCGUGCUUCAGUUGUUUACAAAGACAUUGCUAGUGGCUGCGCAGCGUUACGGCGGCAAAAAGAGCUAGAGCUCCAAGUAGUAACAGGAGAAGUGCGCGGAUGGCCCGGUGGCGAACUAGCCGCACUAGGCGAUGUCUUGCACAUGGGCAGUGUAGCGGUGGGCCCUUCGCACCAAGACCGGUACCUCGUGCUUUUCCCUUCGGCGCUUCUUUUGCUGUCCGUUAGUAAGAGGGUGUCGGCGUUUGUUUAUGAGGGUUGUCUGCCACUCACCGGCAUAACAGUCUGCAAACUGGACGACUCCGAAACAAGGAAGAAUGCAUUUGAAAUUAGUGGUCCAAUGAUAGACACCAUAGUAGCGGUGUGUCAGACGCGAGCGGAGGCCGACAACUGGGUCAGUUUGUUGCAAAAACAUUCGAACACCAAUAGUCCUGCUCAUGAACCUGGUCAGCCGCAAUCGCUGCCACAUAUGGCCAUGACAGACGGCAAUAACCCUGAUUUAUCGUCAGGUCUAACAAGCCACAAAAGAUCACACUCAUUCAACAACCAUCAAAGCUAUUCGCAGCAUACCCAGCAAUCGUCAAAAAGUAAACAAAAAAAUCAGUCGGCCCGCUGGCUUUUAAAUUCUUGCGACUCUAUUGAUCAGUCGCCUGCCAAACCAAAUAAAAAUGCUAUCGGUAAAAAAUUCUCAUCCGUUGAUUUCAUCGACACGGCGGGAUCGAACUACAGCAAUAAAGGAUGGAGUAUAACAUGUUUGCGCCCCGCGCCGCCCCUGCGGCCGCAAUCCUUCACGGUGGGCUCCGACGAGAACAUAGGCCCGACGCAUCCGUAUGCACCACACCAACGAAAGUCAAAUUCCUAUGAAGAAGACGCUCUUAUUCUUAAGGUCAUCGAAGCCUAUUGCACUUCGGCACGCUGUAGAAAUGCUGUAAGUUCUGUGGACUGCGGUCACUUGUCUCUUGGUAAAGUACAAUAUCACGCACCCGCUUCUAACAUUUUUCACUAUAACUACACUAAAUUGCCUAUCGUCCAAAGAAGUGAGACCCCCGACUACGUAGGCUGCAGCAAGUCUUCGAAAGUGAAGCGUAACAAAAGCUCAGCUGCCGACACUUACCUGUACCGCGGCCCCGAAACGAGGAGGCUGCUCUCGGAACGCAAGUUCCAGAUGAACCGUUCUAACCCAAAUCUAUGGGAAUGUUCAGAGGAGCGCAGGCAGAAGCUGUGCGAGGGUCGGGAACGGCGCAGCGGGUCGCACCCGAGCCUCGCGGCGGCGUUGCGCGCGGUCGCUCCCGCCUCCGCGCCCGCGCCCGCGCCCGCCCCGCUCGUCGCUCCCCGCGCCGCACGCUCGACGCGUUCCUCCACUUGGUGCUGCGGAUCCUUCGUCAAACAACUCACCAAAUCUCACCACUUCGACUGACACAA